AUGACUCAACAAAAAUCAUCUGGCAAUCAUCACUCAAAAAUCGAAAAUAUAAUAUUAUUAGUAAAAGUGAAAAGAAAUUCAUUAGUUGUUUCAACCCUGGCCCCUGUUUUACCAAUUUCUGGGUCGGGUCAACCAACCCAAAUACCCACUUGUAUUCAAGAAGUUGCCUUAUCAAUUUUUACACAACAUCAUCAUCAGCAAGAUACAAACGAUUCAAUAAAAUCAACAAAUUAUGAUUAUCAUUCAAAUCAAGAACGUAUUGAAUUAUUAAAAAAAAAAUAUGAAUUAUAUUUUAAUGAAGAAUUUCCCUGUGAACCACCAACACCACAACAACAACAACAACAAACAUUACCACCACUAUCAUCAUCAACAACAACAGCAUCAGAUAUAAAAACAACAACAACAACAAUACAACUACCAUCACAUAAUAAUUUUAUAUUAUCAUCAUCAUCAUCUUCAGAUGAUUGCUUAAAUAAUAUUACUACUAUUCAAUCAUCAAAUAAUAUUAAAAAUUAUUUAUCAAGUUGUUCAGCUCCAAUUAUUACAACAAUAUCAUCAUCAACAUCAUUACCAUCAACAACAACAGGAAUAAAAACAAUAACUGGGAAAAAAUCAACAACAACAACAGCAAUUGAUAAUAUUGAAUUACCAAUAAUAGAAAAAACAACACCAACAACGAAAAUAGAUAAAUAUUUUUCAUUUAAUAAUGAUGAUAAUGAUAAAUUAUUAUUAUUAGAUUUGGAUGAUGAAAAAAGACCACAAAUAAAUAAAAAUCAUUAUAAAAAUAAUCAGCAUGAAAUUAAUGCAUCAUCAAUACUACAUAAUCAUAAUAAAUUUUUUCAUUCAUCAAAUAUAAUUAAUAUAAAUUCAUCAACUAGUAAUUUAAUAAAUUCUAUACCAUUAAAAACUUCAAUAAUAAAAUCAACAACAAUAAAUAAUUAUAAUAAUGAUGAUAAUAAUGAUGAUGAAAAUGAUGAUGAUAAUGAUGAUGGUAAUAAUGAUGAUAAUGAUUAUGACGAUAAUAUUGCAAUACGCAAAAUAUGGUCAUUAAGUUUUCAAGAUGAUACAACAGCAAUUAAGGAUCAUCAUCACCGUUCAAUUGAUUUUUUACCAUCACAAGAAAAAUUUCAAAUAUCAUCAACAUCAUCAAUACAAAAUGAGGAAAGAUUAAUAAAAAAUUAUCAGCAGGUACAACAGCAGCCUCAUCAUCACCAUCAUCAUUAUUUUCAUCAAAAUUUUUUUCAAAAUCAACAACAACUACUACAACAUCAUCAUCAUCAUCAUCAUCACCAUUUACAACAAUUGCAAUUAUUACAACAACAUAACAAUCAACAACAACAUGAAGAUGAUGAAAAAGCUCAACCUGUUUUUUUAUCAUUAUCAUUGUCGCCACCAACAAAUCGAAGAAAAGAAAUGCCUGCACUAAAAGGAUCUUUUAUUAGCCUAUCAGAACCACGUUCUAUAUUAAAAACAAAAUUUUUAGAUGACACAUUCCCUAAUCCGGAUUCUGGGGAAAGUGGUUUAUCUGAUGAAGAACAAGAAGAUCCAGCACAAUAUUGUAAAGGUGGUUAUCAUCCAAUAACAAUUGGUGAUGUAUUUGAUGAUAGAUUUCGUGUUGUACGUAAACUCGGUUGGGGGCAUUUUUCAACAGUUUGGUUAUGUCGAGAUACUUUAGAUGAAAAAUAUGUUGCACUUAAAGUUGUUAAAAGUGCACCACACUAUAGUGAAACUGCCGCUGAUGAAAUAAGACUCCUUAAAGCUAUUAGAGAUGCUGAUCCAAAUGAUCCAAAACGUGAACGAAUAAUACGUUUAUUUACACAUUUUACUGUUAGAGGUGUUAAUGGAUAUCAUCAUUGUCUUGUAUUUGAAGCUCUUGGUUGUAGUUUAUAUAAGCUAAUUGUAAAAAAUAAUUAUCAAGGACUUGCAUUACAUCAAGUUAGAGUUAUUAUUAAACAAGUUUUAGAGGGUUUAGAUUAUUUACAUACAAAAUGUAGUAUAAUUCAUACAGAUAUUAAGCCAGAAAAUAUACUCCUAGUUAUGGAUAAUGCUGCUGAUAUGAAUCGAAGAAUCGAUGAUGAAAUGAAUACAUUACGACUUCAAGGAAUUGAUUAUCCGGAUUCAUAUAUCAGUUCUAUUGAAAAACAAACAAAAGGGAGUCAAAGUUUAUUUUCAAGAUCACCAUCAUCAGCUAAUGCCUAUUCAUCAGUUAGUAGAGCUGAAAUAUUAGAUGAAAGUACUGAUCAAAAUGGUUUUAUGGCAUCCGCUGCCAAUGCAUUAUACAACGAUCUUAUUAAUGAUGAUCAAAUAACAGGUUCCUUAGAUGAAGAUAUAUCUAUUAAUCGAUAUCGUACUGAAAGAAAAAACACUGGCAAGGUAAAUGGAAAUCGUGAACCACAAGCAAAUUAUAUACCACAAACACAAGCUUAUAUUAAUGCUAUACAAACAUUAAUUAAAAGUAGAAAUAUUAAAGUGAAAAUUGCUGAUUUAGGAAAUGCCUGUUACGACUUUCAUCAUUUUACUGAAGACAUUCAAACAAGACAAUACAGGUCAAUUGAAGUCAUUUUAGGUGCACAAUACUAUUGCAGUGCUGAUAUAUGGAGCACUGCAUGUUUAGCCUUUGAAAUUGCAACAGGUGAUUAUUUGUUUGAUCCUCAUGCUGGUGAAACAUAUUCAAGAGAUGAAGAUCAUUUAGCACAUAUGAUAGAAUUACUAGGUUCAAUACCAGUUUCAUUAAUUUUGAAAGGGAAACAUGGUCUAAAAUAUUUUACUAGUUGUGGUAAACUACGAAAUAUAACUAAACUUAAGCCGUGGAAUUUACUUAAUGUUUUAACAGAAAAAUAUGACUGGGAUAAAGAUGAAGCUAAAAAAAUUACUGAUUUUUUAUUGCCAAUGUUAAAUUUUAAUCCACUAAUAAGAUCUUCAGCUGAUGAAUGCUUACGACAUCAAUGGCUACAAGAUUUAUAAAGUUACAUAUAUAUAAAAAUAUUAUAUAACCCUAGGAUAAAUAUUAAAUAUUAAUAAUAAUAUGAAUUUGCAUUAAUUUUUACGAAAAUGAAAAAAAAAAGAAACAAAAAAAAAACUUAUAUAAAAAAAAAACAAGUAUUCAAUACAUCUUAUUAAGAAUUAUUUAAUAAAAAUAAAUUAAAAUAAAAUAUACUUAGACACAUUUCUACAUUCAAAAAAAAAGGACUCUGAAAAGUAGUUUGUUGUUUUCUUUUUUUAAAAUCUUACAAUUUCAGGUGCGUUUUUUUAGUAACACAACCAGUUUGUAUUAAAAACUUACAGUAAACAAAUGGGAAACCAUUAACUGAAUGAAAAAUUUAAAACUAAAGGCAAAAACUCACGAUAUACCAGCAUGAUCGCAGACAUCCUUGGAUACUUUCAAAAGUAUAGUUCUUCUUCUACAAAACUUAAUUAACACUUAAUUUAAUAAGUGCGUUUAGAACUCAAUUUGCCAUAUAGAUAAUUCAACACAAAAUAUGUACAAUUUUUUACGGCAGGCACUUUAGAAUUAAAAUUUACUACUUAAAAUUAUUACUAAAUUUACUGUAUUUCGAAAGUAAUAAUGUAUAACUAUAAAAAUUUAAGAAACCCUUCAUGAUUAACGUAGAUGAAGAAAAUUUAAAAAAAUUUAUAAUUGUUCAUGAUGAUCCCCAUAAAUCUUGCCCCUGUUAUUUUACUAUUAUUAAAUUAAAAUUUCAGACAUUGAAAAUCAAAAUCCUAAUUUGCCUAAAUCUAAAAUACAUUAUCAAAUUAUAAAAGAUAUAAUAGAUUAAAAUCUUAUAUAUAUAAUAGAUACAAUAUUAUAACAGAUUAAAAUCUUUUUGUUAAUUUUAUCUUAAAACACAUUUGUUACCUUAUUCAGCCAAAAUUAGCAAAUUUUCCAUCUAUUGCUCUCAAAAGGAAGUCACUUAAUAUUGAAUUACAAAUAGCAUAAUCAAUAAUUUUAAAUCCAUACUUCCGAAUUUCAAUUCUUAAAGUUAGAACUGUGAA